CACCAAAAUACAAUGCACAAAGGAUUGUCUGACACCCAGACUCUGCACCCUGCUUAAUCUUACAUGAAUUAAAUACCCCCUUGUUACCCGACUAUUGAGUCACUUUUCUUUGAAGACGUCGAGUGGGAGCCAUCAGUGCUGAUUUUCUUGCGGUCUUGACCAUCUGACAUCAGAGAUACCACAAUGAGGGUUUGGCUGGUACUCCUCUUCACCCUGUUAGCUGUGUUGAUACUGGCGGAGACCGGGGAAGCAAAGAAGAAGAAAGAUAGACAGCCUCAAUCAGACGUUGUCGACGCCGGCGAAACUCCGGAAGAAGGUGGACGUCGCCGUGGUGACAGGCAACGGGGGAAAGAUAAAAAAGGCAGGAAGGAUCGCGGACGUCAUAAUGAAGAACAGACUGAUGUAGAAGUAACAGGUGAUGCAGAUACCCCACCAGCCGACACCGAAGAAACAAACCCAGAAGAACCUCAGGUUAUGCCUGAGCCAGAACCUGAGCCACAGCCACAAGGGGAGACUUCUCCUACAAGAAGGGGCAAGAAGGGACGUAAAGGAGGAGCCAACCCAGACAAAGCAGCCCGCCGGGCAGCCAAGGAGGAACGCAUGCAGACCAGACGCGAGAAACAAGCGGAGAAAACGGCGCGCAAGGAAGGCAGCUCAGCACGCAAGGAGGCCCGCAAGGAGGCCAAGAGAGAAUCCAAGCAUGCCGCCAACGCCGAGAGGAAACAAGCCCGUAAAGAAGCUAGGAAGAUGGAACGACAUUCCAACGUGACCAGCGAUUGUAGCGAACAUUCCGAUUGUGCCUCAGGAAGGUGCUGUCAGCAACGUGGGCCUCUGCAGAAAUGCCGCGUUUUCAACAGGCCAGAGGGCGGCAAGUGCUUUUCGGAUUGUGUUUGCGCAGAAGGCCUGGAGUGCUUUUUCCGUGAGGGGAAACAACCUAGGCAACCAGGCGGUAACGUCAAGGGUCAGUGCCGUCAAAUCGCAGCCGACGAACCAGCGACCAAUCAGGAACAAGGCCAAAAUGAAGAGUAAAUCGCGACGAUCGGAGUUUGAAAUGACAGGUACAGGGUUCGGAACAAGAUGCAUUAUGGAGAGAGCAGGGAAUUGCGAAAGGGUGGCGCACUAGUUCAUGUAGUUUUAUCAUUUUUAUUAACGUGCUAAGUAAAGUACUAGCUGUUGACUGUUUUCAUAUUAACUGUUUGAACUUAUCAAUUUUUAAAACGCGCAAAUUACAAAAUAACCUUUUGCUAAUAUUUGUUUGUAUGUUUGCAUUUUUGUAAGUUUUCUUUUUAGCAUUUUGUGUUUUUAAUGUUUUACAGUACCAGUUUUCUUUUCAAAUUUGAUAAAAAGUGUGAUUUUGAUGUUAAUUUCGAACAUGUAGUUAAAAGUUCAGUGUGCUGGCAUACGGGCCUACGGGGAUGUUAACAUAAAUAUGUUGUUGACUUGUUUUUAUUGAUUGUGUGUGUGGAUUUUGUUUUUUUUUAUUUUGUUUUUUUAUUACUUGUUUUUUUUUGGCAAACAUGCUUAACGAUGCAAACAGACGAUACAUGUAUAUUCCAUCAUUACGAAAAUCUGUACUUCGGGAUAUUGUUUAAACUAUGUUGUGCUUUCUUGUUGUACUUGAGUCAAGCAAUGAAUUUGACGUAUGACUUUUCGUAGAAUAGCGUAUUACAAAAUUCUUUCAUUCUCUACCAAAGUAUAGUAGGAAAAAAACUUUAGAAUGAUUCAAUCAUGAUAAGUCAUUUUUUCAAAACUUUUUAAUUACAAAAAAAAUAGGCCCAACGUUUGAAUUGUAAACUUGAAAUGUUAA